AUGGCAUCUGCUGAUGUACUUCCUGGUGACAAAUCACCUACCCAAGAGUCCUUGAAAGCUUUGAUCUAUGGAACUGGUGUGUACUUGUCACCAAUGCAUGCUUCAAAGGAAGUAGCACACAAAAUAUUCUCAUCUUUGAGACCAUACAAAUUGAAUAUUGCAGAAGCUUCAAGAGAUCGGUGCCUAGGUACUGCAGUUGAGGUUGCUCUGGCUAUGAUUCAAGGACCAUCAGCAGAAAUGUCCAGAGGCGUAGUUAAAAGGGCUGGAGGUAAUAGCAGGAUCAUUGUGUGUGCCGGGGGACCUAAUACAUACGGCCCUGGAUCAGUCCCACAUUCUUUUAGCCACCCAAAUUAUCUUCAUAUGGAAAAAACAGCAUUGAAGUGGAUGGAGAAUCUGGGUCGCAAAGCGCAUAGACAUAAUACAGUAGUUGACAUUCUAUGUGCUGGAACUUGCCCAGUUAGAGUUCCAAUUUUGCAGCCUCUUGGAAAAGCUUCUGGAGGUGUCUUGGUUCUUCAUGAUGACUUUGGAGAGGCCUUUGGUGUGAAUUUGCAAAGGGCAUCUUCUAGGGCAUCAGGUUCCCAUGGUCUUUUGGAGAUUCGAUGUUCUGAUGAUAUUUUAAUUACUCAAGUUGUGGGUCCUGGUGAAGAGGCACAUGUAGACACACACGAAACUUUUAAGAAUGACAAUGCACUCUGCAUUCAAAUGUUAAGUGUUGAAGAGACACAAAGCUUUGCACUCUCUAUGGAAAAUAAAGGAGACAUCAAGAGCGAUUGUGUGUUUUUCCAGUUUGCUGUUCAAUACGCAAACGUUUAUCAAGCUGAUAUUUCAAGAGUGGUUACUGUCAGGUUGCCUACUGUGGAUAGUGUUUCAGUAUAUCUUGAAAGUGUUCAAGAUGAAGUGGCCGCAAUCCUUAUUGCCAAGAGAACCCUCUUGCGAGCCAAAAACCAUUUGGAUGCCAUGGAUAUGCAAGGAACAAUAGAUGAAAGAAUUAAAGAUAUUGCUUUGAAAUUUGGGUCCCUAGUACCCAAGUCAAAACUUCAUCGAUUUCCUAAAGAACUUUCUGCAUUACCAGAGCUCCUUUUCCAUCUCAGAAGGGGCCCACUUUUGGGAAGCAUUGUUGGUCAUGAAGAUGAGAGGUCUGUGUUGCGGAAUUUGUUUUUGAAUUCAUAUUUUGAUCUUUCACUCCGUAUGGUAGCACCUCGUUGUCUAAUGCACCGAGAAGGGGGCACUUUUGAGGAACUACCAGCCUAUGACCUUGCGAUGCAGUCUGAUACAGCUGUUGUCCUUGACCAUGGUACAGAUAUCUUCAUUUGGUUGGGUGCUGAGCUAGCUGCUGAUGAAGGAAGGAGUGCAGCUGCUUUAGCAGCUUGCAGAACAUUAGCUGAAGAGAUCACUGAAUUGCGGUUUCCAGCUCCUAGGAUCCUUGCAUUCAAGGAGGGGAGCUCUCAAGCUAGAUAUUUUGUUUCUCGGCUGAUACCUGCUCACAAGGAUCCACCUUAUGAACAGGAGGCAAGAUUCCCACAGCUUCGAUCUCUGACAACCGAACAACGAACAAAGAUAAAAAGCAGCUUUAUUCACUUUGAUGAUCCAAGUUUCUGUGAGUGGAUGCGAGGUUUGAAAGUGGUGCCCCCAGAACCAAGUUAA